AUGUCUGUCUCCAUCGCAACCACUUCAUCUCCCUCACGCCUCCACGAUGAACCUCUACCCAACCCGGAUGCCUGCGGCGUAGGCCUGGAGCUCGACCAGGCCGCUGUGAAUUAUGUCCUCAAACAGCAACCGAUAUCCGUCACACUUAACGGACCAGCCAUAUUCGCCCUGUCCGUGUCAUUGGCCCUCAUUAUCCACUUCCUAGAGCCAAGAACAGCCGAGUGCCUCCUCAUCCUCAUACCUAUCUUGCUCCUGGUGCGGAAUGAUUACCAAAACUUUCUUGGCCUCGGCCCAGGAGGCACGCCAGCAACAUUCCAAGGCUACAUCAGGAUAGCCUGGCUUAGAUUAUGGGCUCUCCGCGACCCCUUCACUGCACCGGAACCAAACCCCAACCGUCUUCCCAAGCGUGGCAUUCUCUUACAACAGCAGCAGCAGCAACAACAACAGCACCGUGACGAUCAGAGUUUGAGCAGGCUACCUUACCGUCCUGGGCCCCGUCCGCUUGUUGCCGGAAUAGCUCCGCAACGGCAGCUCGACCAACAUGGCACGGUGCCCCACUACCGCGCCCUUCGCCGGACACUGGAACGUCUUGCAGCUGAGAACCCCGCCGUGUUCGGCACGGCCAAGUCGUGUCUCGAAAAGCACGGCCUCGGCCUCUUCGCGCGGCACCCGGUCAACGUAACGUGCAACGGCGAGGUGUGCCACGUCCACGACUCGGACCACUCACUGCACAUGAACCUGCACCCGGAGGACAUUCAUGAAGUUCUCGCCAAGGGCUGGGGCCAGCGUCAUCCGUUGGCGUGGAAGGGGAGACUGCUGCAGAUGCCUGUGCCGGAGGAGUUUAUUAUGGUGUACGCGCCGAGAGAUGACCACGAGUUGAAGAUUGUGUGUCGGAUUAUUGAGGCGGCAAUUUGGUACGUCAUCUCCGAGCGGACUGAGAUUCAAGUUGAGAAGACCGUCUAA